AUGUCGUCAGACCCGCCGUGUUACCUUCCAGAUGACUCGGACGAAUCGCCUGAGCAUAGUGACGAUAGCGGGGAUAGCUCUAGCGAGGAUACUGGUAAACGGAGAGAAGCCAAGGAGAUAGUCUCGGCGAUUCUGCUGGCGGCAGCAGCGUCGGAUGCGGAGAGCCGUCCGAUUGGCGACGAUGAGGUGGACGCGGUGCUGCGAGAGUUAGGCGUUAACGUCAGCAAUGACGUCAGCAACAACGUCAGCAGGGACUGUAACGCUGGGGACAACAGCGAAGGGGAGUCGUCUCGGAGAGAGGAGAGAGAAGAGGAUGGAGGAACGGAGAGAGGGAAGGAGAGAGGAGGAAAGGGAGGAGAAUGGGGCGGAGAGGGGCGAGGAGAGGGGAGAGGAGAGGGGAGAGUGGAGGACAGAGGAGGAGGAAGCGUAGCAAAUAGAGUCAGUGAGAGUGAGGGCGUGGGGAAUGCCGAGCCGGGCGAACAGGGUGGGGAAAUGGGUAAAGAACGGUUGAGAGAGAUGAAGAGGGAGAAGGACGGGGAGAGGGAGGGAGAAGAUCAGGAGAGGAAGGAGAAGGAGGAGAGAGUAGAGAGGGAGGACGAGAGGAAGAGAGAAAGGGGGAGAAGGGAGCAAGUGAGGGAGAGGGAGAGGGAGAAACGGGAGGAGGAGGCGGUGAGGGAGAAGGAGAAAGCGAGGGAGGAGGAGAGGAGGAGGGAGGAGGAGAGUGAGAGAGUGAGGAGGAGAGGCACUGGCAGGUCGCUGUGGUCACACGGGUGGCUGCCGGGCAAGAGACACGCGGAUGAGGACGAGAAUCAGCAGGAGUGGCGGCAGCACGGGCGGCAUUUCCUGGUGGUUACCAACGCGGGCAAGCCUGUCUUCUCACGGUACGGUGACGAGUACAAGCUAGCAGCGUUCGGAGGGGUGCUGCAGGCGCUGGUGGCAUAUGUGGAGUCGACGGGAGAUCACAUCAGGAGCAUCAGUGCUGGGCUGCAUCAGGUCCUCUUCCUCGUGCGAGGCUCCUUCUACCUCGUCGCCAUCACAGACGCGGGCGAGCCAGAGCCAAUCAUAGAGCGACAGCUGGACCACCUGCACAAGAUGCUCCUCAUGCUGCUGACGUCAGCCAUCGAGAGGUCUUUUCUGCGCAACCCCAAGUUUGACAUCCGGCCACUGCUGGGCGGCACAGACCGUCUCUUCUCCGCUCUCAUCCACUCCUUCUCCUGGGACCCAGCCAGCUACCUCUCCUCCAUGCGCUGCCUGCGCAUACCAGCAUGGGUGCGCACAACAGUGAGCGGGGCGAUCAAGUCCGCUGCUGCCGCCUCCCCUGCGCUCUUCGCGGUGGUCUUCUCGGGCUUUGAGGUGGUGACCGUGGCGCACAGGAAGAGAGAGCCUCUUCACCCCGAUGACAUUUUCCUACUGCUCAACUUCCUCAACGCCUCAGACUCCUUCCGCACGUCACCCGAAUCCUUCACGCCUGUGUGCCUCCCUCACUACAACCCCGCCGCCUUCCUCUAUGCCUAUGUGCACUACUGGGCAGCAGAGCAGCCGUUGCUGUGCACUGGCAAUUCAAACCCAUCCACUUCUUUCUUCCCCUUUCUCUUCCCCACUCUCGUCCCCUACCUCCCUCCACAAUCCCCCCUGUAUGUGUUCCCUCCCACCCUCCCAAACGCCCAGCACAUCCCCUGA